AUGGACCAGAACACCACAGCCACACUCCUCGAGCUUGCUGCAAAGAGUCUGCUGAGUAGUGAGCCUGCAGUGAUGCAUGCUCUGGAAGAAAUCCCAAGAGAUCUCUUUGUUCUAUUGUUCAGCACUGCCUUCUUGGGUGGGCAUAAGAAGAUCCUAAAGGCAAUGGUGAGGGUCUGGCCUUUUCACUGUCUCCAUCUUGGGUCACUGAAGGCACAGGUGUCAUACUAUGACAUCUUGGAAGCCAUGAUUGAUGGUCUGCCGAUCCCCCCAGCCCAGAACUCUUCCUCUAGGGGCCACAAACUGAGGAUCCUAGAUUUAAGGCACAACUCAAACUGUAAGACAACAUGCUCUCAUGUCAGGAUCACAUUCCCUUUCUGUUUACAGUCAUGCAUAUCCCCUCAGCAUGCUGUCCUUAACUUAGAAAACACUCAGCCUCAUGCCAGAUGCCUUGGGAUUGGUAAUUCCAGGUCUGAGGUUGAGCCAGCUCAGGAAACCAUGGAAUUAUUAGUGGAUAUUUCCUUCAAUAAUACCUUGAGAACACAGCAGUUUAUCACUUUCCUCUGUAAUAAAGUUGAGCAGAGCUCUGGGUUCUUGCACCUCUGCUGCAGAGAUUUGCAAAUCAAUAGAAUGUUUGCCAACAAACGUAUCCUUCAGAUUCUGGAUCUAGGGUGCAUUGAUCAUCUGGAAAUGGAUCAGGCUUAUCUGAGUGAGAUCAUCACUCUUUUUUCUGGAAUGAUCCACCUGUACAGCCUUAGUUUGUCUAACAUCCCCUUUAGGUCUUUUCUCAUCUGGCUUGGGCAGCUGGAAAACCUCCAGGAGCUCAGGUUGUCUUUCUUCUACCUCAAAGAUCAACUGCACAAACUGCUCAGAGUCCUGCCACCUUGUAUGGAUACAUUGUGUCUCUCUUUCUGUGGCCUUUCUAUCAGAGAUGUCACUUUCCUGUCCCAAAGCUCUCAGGCCACCCACCUCAGGGUACUGAAUCUCAAUAACAAUCAGAUCUUUUCAGAAGCUUAUGAGCCCUUCCAGGUUCUGCUGGAGAAGGUCUCAGGCACCGUGCAACAUCUAGAGAUAAAUAAUUGUAUGAUGACUGAUUCUAUUCUCUCAGCCAUCAUCCCAACCCUGAACCAAUGUAUCCACCUCCGUGUUUUUAACUUUGCCUUCAAUCCCAUUACGAUGCCUGUGCUCAAGAGCCUUCUGCAGCACUUGACAUCCUUGCCGAGGCUGAGGCAUGUGAUUUAUCCUGUUCCUGCCCAUUGUUACCAGGAGCAGAAUUUUCAUUACAGCUUGAACCGACAGAAACUUGCCAAAGUUCAGGCCCAGGUCAAGGCGAUGCUGCACAUGUUACACCAGGAUCAUGUGAAAUGGGCCACUUAUUCUGAGUGA